CUUUCUAACACAGUUAAGUUUCAUUUUUAUUAACAAUGAGUGAAAAACAUGGCCGACGACGAACUUGCUGCGUUCAGGGAGCGCUGGAAACGAGAGUUAAAGACCAAUAAAGACCAGCUUGUGUGUGCUCUUUCGCCUCCCUGUGAUGUCCCAGGUCAGUCAGGCCACAAAGACUUGAAAAACAGGUAUUUUGAAAACCUUAAUAAUCUCAACGAGACUCACAGCCCUUCAAAACCAGAGGAAAGUUGUUGCACUGAGGAUGAAGAGGGUGAUACUGGUGGAGGAAAAGCUGCAGCAGAGAAAGAGGACCAGCCUGAGUAUGUGUCCAUUGCAUGCAGUCUGUUGGACGGGAGGACCAGUCCCCUGCUGGACAGGAUCCAGGAGGAGAGAACCAGGAGAAAGAGGCAGUAUCAUAACAUGACUGAUGUCUGCAGAGCAUCCCUGCAGCAGCAGCAGCAGCCUCAGAGGAAGAUCAAGAAAGACGAGGAGCUGUUGGAUCAAUUCAUUCAGGAUCUGAAUGAAGUCAAUGACAUUCCCUUCUUUGACGUGGAGUUGCCGUACGAGUUAGCCCUGAAGAUAUUCCAGUAUCUGAACUGUACUGAGCUGGGCCGCUGUGCACAGGUGAGCAGGGCAUGGAGAGUCCUUGCAGAGGACAGCGUUCUGUGGUUCAGGAUGUGCACGAGGGAGGGUUACCAUCAGGACGCCAGCGUGUCUGACUCCCCCUGCUGGAAGAGCACGCUGCGGGACCGCAGGAACUCGGCCAAAACUGUGCGCUCCAACUGGAAGAAUCGAGUGGGAUCCAUCAGCCAGCUGCAGUUCGAGCUGGGCAAGGUGCUGUGUGACGUCAGCUCCUGUGACAACUUUGUCUUGGCUGGGUACACGUCUGGCAAUGUGAGGCUGUGGGACACGCUGCACUGGGACUUGGCAGCCUCGUACCUGAAGAUCAACAGCCUGACAGCUAACUCUGACCCCAGGCCUUAUGUUAGUCACGUCCAGGUCAACAGCACAGUGGCUGCUGCUGCUUAUGAAGAUGGCUGUGUGGAUGUGUGGAGCACAGAGACAGGUGGAGAGCCCAUCCACCACUACCAGAUCCCCGGCAGGAUCCAGGCCCUGGCCCUGAGCCCUGACAGUCCCAUCCUGUGCUCCACCGCUGGGCCUGCCAUUAGGCUGGACCACGCCGAUGAUCGCGGCUACUGGAGGACACUCUGCCAGGCUCAGCUACCCAAGACUGUCGAGAGCCUGGUUUUGGUGCCAGGCAGAGAGCAGCGGUCCUCACUGGUGGCUCUGGCAGCAGGAGAGGCCGUGUACCUGUUGGACCCCCGGGAGGAGGAGCCACGGACGCUCCACUCAGUCUACGGUCAUCCUGUCACCUGCCUGGAUACCUCGGACUCCCACGUUGCAUUUGGAGUGAAGCGCACAGGCUGGGCCAUGCAUGAUGGAGGAAACAAGAUCCACGUCUGCAGCCUAGAGACAGGCAAACCUGUGGCUUGUGUUGGUGACUCGGUGGGAGAUUUCACUUGCAUCAACCUGAGAGACAGCCCUCCUCACCUUCUGGUGUGUGGAAACAAAGACAGGAGGGUGAGGGUGUUUGACCUACGAGCUGGCUCCUCCGUAGCGUCCCUGUACGCCCACCACCUGGGCGUCACCUCGGUGCAGGCAGACGACUGGAAGAUUGUGAGCGGCGGAGGCGAAGGAUUGGUGUGCGUGUGGGAGAUGAGGAUGGGAGCGAAGCUGUGGGAGAUGCACAACAGACAUCCUGUAAGGCAUGUACACUUCAACACCAGCACCCUCGUAACAGCCAACAUCCCGGAUGACAAGUCGCCAAGGGGGGCCUGCAUCACAGACGAUGACCUUACAGCUCACCGCAGACACAGAGGAGUCAUCUGCCAUUAUGACUUCUCUGAGGACGCGUUGUCACAGGAUCACAUCCUUCCCAUCUGCAGGUCCGACUACACUGAGUCAACCGGCUACAACUACAACAUCGGCCUGGCUGUGCCUUAUGACAGGCUGUCUGGCUCCCAUCCAUCCCACUGAUAUACAGUUUUCCAAACUGUAACUGGAGUCAGUGAGUGACUGAAGGAACAAAAAAGACUUUUACCAUUCAUCAGUUUGAUUUUCUAAACUGUAAUCUUUUAUUUAAUUUCUUUCCUUUUAUCAUGCAAGUCAAAUCAAGCUUCUUGGAAAUGUAACAUGUCAGUGUAUGUUAUCUGUAACUGCUGGUAUUUGUAAUUUACAGUGUAGAAGCUGCCUAGAUGUUGCACAGGAUCACAGACGUGUAAACCAUUACAGUAAAAUUAAUCAAUUUUUAAUCGACGAUUGGUUUUCUGGAUUUGAUUCGGUGUCGCUGUGCAUCAUCACAGU